AUGGGCAAUGAGUGGGAGAAGCAGACAUUUGGUCAAUUUAGAAACAAUACAAACCCGUCCUGGUGGAGGGACCCUGGUCUUCGAGUGAACGUCGUACAUUGUAUCGGACUCUACUUCUGUGUCUUCUAUCUCGGAUAUGAUGCCUCCCUUCUAAACGGGCUGCAGGCAAUGCCGCAAUGGAAGAAAUACUUCCAUGACCCUUCUAGCAGCUUUUUGGGCCUCAUUUCUGCAAGUCUUUUUCUGCCUGCCACUCUAACUCCCUACAUCAGUUCUGCCAUCAAUUCGCGAUGGGGACGGAAAGCAUCGCUUGCUGUCGGAUCGGUCAUUCUUAUCGUGGGAGCAUUCGUCAACGCAUUCUCCCACAGCACCGGCACUUUCAUAGCGGGACGAGUCCUCAUUGGUGCCGCGGGUCCCUUUGGCAAAAUCACUGCAAUCGCCCUUCUCCAAGAGAUUGCACAUCCAAGGCUGAGGUCGAUCUUGUCAACUUCCUUUUACUGCAAUUACUACAUCGGGUCCACUGCAGCAGCCUGGUUCUGUUUUGGGUCUCUACACUGGAAGGAGACUGACUGGUCGUGGAGAGCGCCUUGCCUCUUCCAGAUAUUCGCGCCAUUGAUGGUGUUGAUUCUGCUGUUCUUCAUCCCGGAAAGUCCCCGCUGGCUUAUUCACCAUGAUCAUACGGACAAAGCGAUAGACAUCUUGGCCAUAUAUCAUGCCAACGGAGACCGGGAUGACGAGCUAGUGCAAUACGAGUACAAAGAAAUCUGCCAUGCUAUUAAACUGGAACAAGAAAACAACAAGACGAGUUUCACCGAUUUCCUCAAGUCGCCCGGAAACCGCAGACGUCUGCUCGUUUUGAUCACCAUGGCCACCGGAACGAAUUGGAUCGGCAACGGCAUCAUCACCUACUACCUCGCACCGGUCUUAAAACUUGUAGGAAUCACUGACCCUGCCCAGGUCUCCGGCAUAAACGGUGGACUAGCGGUGUGGAAUUUGCUCCUCGCCUACUUGGGUUCCAUGAAUGCUGAAAGGGCAGGGCGAAGAGUAUUGUGGCUAGCGUCGACGGUCGGCAUGCUCGUGUCUUACAUAGUUAUGACAGGACUCUCGGGUAGCUUUGCCCACACUCAAAGCCACGCGGUGGGUAUUGCAGUCGUGCCCAUAAUGUUCGUGUACUACGGGUUCUAUGACAUUGGAUGGACACCUUUACCCUUUUCCUACGGCGCUGAGAUUCUACCAUACCAUAUGCGGCUCAAAGGACUAAGUAUCAUGCUCUCCGUGCAAAGUAUUGCUCAAGCAUUUAAUCAGUGGGUCAACCCGCUUGCGCUCGCCCACAUUGCAUGGAAAUACUAUAUUGUCUAUAUUGUCCUCAUCGCCAUGUACCUGAUCCUCAUCAUCUUGUUCUUCCCGGAAACUAGACGUUUGACCAUCGAGGAGGUCUCGGUGAUCUUCGACACCGGACGUCUUGGCUCUGCCAAAGCCGCUGUCGAGCAAUUGAGGCAAGAAGAGGCAGAGAUCAGGGUGGUCGAUAGUACAGACUUGAGCUUGGAGAAGGCAGAUGCCGCGCACAUGGAAACAAGCCGACCACAUCCUCAAUAG